AUGGAGAGUCUCUGGGCUAAAGCCUACAAGAUAAUCCAAAACGACGAAAAUCAUUCUCAACUGCUCGACAAGUUCGAAGCGUAUCUGCAAAAGACAGGGGAUGAGGGAAGAGAAGAGAUCUCUAGUAGUUCUCAGAGUGUUCAAAGAGUCAAAGACAUCCAAAAGAUGGCUGAAAACAAGCUCGAAAAGCUGCCAGAAAGUCGCACCUCUUUGUCAAUUGGCGGAAAGCGAGUCAUUGUCCGAGAAUCUGUUCAAAAAGCCAUCCGAACGAUUACACAAUUCAAACCUCUGAUUAGUGGAGCAAUCUCAGCUGAACCUCAUGCGGCUUUGGCAUGGGCUUGUAUCCUAGGCGUUUUACCCAUUCUAGAGAGCAUAUUUCAACAAGACGAAGCCGCAGCAGACGGACUCGGUAAAAUUGUGUUUUUGCUUGUCCGGUACCAAAACAUCCAGGAUACAAUCUUGUCUCGUAACUCUGGAUACGGAGGGCAAAUCGAGACCACACAGCAACUAUAUGAUAACAUCGAAAGCAAACUUGUCAGCAUUUAUGCAAAUGUCUAUAUGUACCAAAUUCAAUUUGUAUUGCAAUAUGGACGCAGUAAAUGGCGCCGUAAUCUAGGGGGUAUUUUCAAGCCUGAAGACUGGAAACAGAAGUGGAACGAAAUUGAUUCUGCCCGGCAGCUUGUCGAUCAAGGUAUUCAGGACCAAGUUGGUGCUAGAAUAUUGGACACAUGGGAAGCUGUAAAGAAGAUCGAAAUAGAAACUACGGAAACCUUGAAAGUGGUUCAGGGUAUCAACGCGAGGUCCGAGGAGAUUCAAAACGCGCAGAAUUCUACCAUAGAGAGAGAUUUACUGCUUUCAUUACCUAUUGCUGCAAAUGCCACUUUUGAUUCAACCGAGGUUCUGGGAGCCGAGAACCCUUGUCUGGAAGGCACCCAACAGACCAUUCUCGCCGAGAUCCAAGAAUGGGCCGAGGAUCCCACAGGAGAGAUGAUAUUUUGGCUUCAUGGUUUGGCCGGAACUGGAAAGUCGACCAUUGCCCUGACUGUUGCGGAUGCCUUGAAACAGAGGAGGCCAUUUACAACGGGUAUUGACCCACCUGAAAGAGCAUUCCUCGGUGCUAGCUUUUUCUUUAAGCAAGGUGAUGCGUCCAGAAACCAUAUUCAGACCUUUUUUACUACUCUAGCUAUGUGUCUGGCAGAAGUGUUUCUGGACUUCAAAUCCCUAAUCGCUCGAGCGAUCGACAAGAAUCUAACAAUUGGAACGAAAGCCCCGCAGCAGCAGCUUGAGAAUCUCAUUGCCAAACCUUUCUCGACCCUGAAUGAGCAAUCACUCGUGGCCCUGCGGUUGGUAAUCGUAGUUGACGCUCUGGACGAGUGUCUCCUUCGAACCGAAGCCGAGAGUCUGAUAAUUAUGCUAGUUGGGCAGCUUAAAGAUCUCCAACAUGUGCAACUCCGUUUCCUCAUUACCAGCAGGAGUGAGAGACACAUUAUGGGUAGAUUCGAGCAGUUGUCUAAAGACCUCUAUCGCUCGGUGUUUCUCGAAAAGAUCAAACAAUUGGAGCAAGGAGAUGACACGAAAGACGACAUCACAUUAUAUCUUGCGUGCACCCUUGCUAAAGUCGCCAACAAGCGCGGUGUCCCGGUAAGCUCUAUUACUGAAAGCACGAUCAAGGAAUUGAGCAACAAGUCUGACGGUCUUUUCAUCUAUGCGGCAACUGCAUGUCGCUUUUUAGAUGCCGAAGACUUUGAUGACGAGGAAGCUAGACAAGAGCGUCUGGAUUUGAUUUUGGAAAGCAACUCUGACAGUGAUGAGUCUGGAAUAGAUGACUCGGACAUAGAUGACUGGGAAGCCGGCUCCCCUCAAAACAAGAUUGACGAGAUCUAUCGCAAAGUCUUGUCAUUUCCAGACCGCGAAAGAAUGUCUCCUAGGACGAAGCAAAAGAUAUACAACGGUCUGGGUAUGGUACUUGGCUUUCUUGUAGUAUUCUUCAAACCUGUCUCUACGCUUGUUCUCAAGAAAUUCCUGCCCUCCUUGGCUGAAAGCAUGGAUCAACUGUUGAAGAAGCUUCAUGCCUUGGUUUCCGUCCCACAGGACGAAAAGACUCCGCUGGAAGUGGUGCAUACUUCAUUCCGAGAUUUCAUUCUCAGCAAGAGGCGAUCAACACAGCUCAGGUUUCAAGUUCAGGAAAACAAAAUGCACAAAGAAGCUUUGGUUCGUUGUCUUGAUAUCAUGUCUUCCGAGCUUCACGAAGACAUCUGCGAGUUACUUUGGCCAGGAAUCACUCAUUCAGAGAUACCACAGGAUCGAGUCGAAAAGAUGAUUCAGCGACAUUUAAGAUAUGCAUGUCGAUACUGGGUUGACCAUCUUUCAAACCUAAGCAAUGAGGACCGAAGGAGUGUCGGGCUUGUAGAUGGUGGAAGUGUCCAUACGUUUCUUGAAAGUCAUUUCUUACAUUGGCUCGAGGCCAUGAUCCUGAUCAAGGAAACCGCAUCGACUGUUCUUAUACUCAAUAAGCUACAGAUCUUAGUCCAGCACUCGGAUUGUCCAGAUUUGUUUUCUUCAAUCUCCUAUAUGAAACAGUUCAUACUCAGCAACGUAUGGAUUGCCGACAAAUUACCAUUGCAGAUAUAUGUAUCCGCAACGACUUUUAGCCUCAAGGAUAGCAAGGCACGGUCACUCUUCGAGGCUCACACACCUCGUUGGAUUUCACAACUGCCAAAGGUUGAAGAACAGUGGACUUCGAAACGUUGCGUUCUAGGGGGGCAUACUGAGAAAAUAACAUGCACAGCUUUCUCUCCGGCUUUUGAUCUUGUCCUCACUGUAUCACUUGACCGAACAGCUAGGCUGUGGGACUCGGUCACAGGAACUCAGCGAUUUAUUUUUGAAAAGACAGAUCCAGAUGCAUAUACUUGCGGUGCCUUCUCGUCAGAUGGGAAGGCCAUCGGACUGGGCACCCGUUCCGGAAGGGUCGAGGUCAAAGAGUUCUUAAAUAAGAGAUCAAUUCAAUUAGGGGGUCACGAAAAAGGCGUUGAAGAUUUGACCUUUUCACCGAAAAGCAGCAACGUAUUUGCGUCUACAUCUAAGAGCGGGGACCUCAAAAUAUGGAGCAUUGAUGGAAGGUGCACGGAUCGUGUCUUUAGUAUCCGCAAGCCUUAUGGGACUGACGAGCCCCCUUCUUCUGGUGACACUGAUCCUGCAAAGCUUCUUUGUCAGUUCACACCCAAUGGAAAGUUUCUGAUAGUUGGAGGGACUUCGGUCAGUAUGGGUAUGUGGGAUGUGGAAAGCGGGGAGUGCAUCAAAGUAUUUGCCAGUGCCGACACAACUUUCAUCAUGGAUCUCAAAGUUUCUCCAAGUGGAAACUAUGCAAUAAUCCUUCAAACACCUGAGAUCCGGAGGCUCGACGGUGACAACAACACUGGUAAUGACAAAAGCAGUAUAAGACGCGAUGGUGACGACGACUUCCGGUGCUUCAAACGCAUCGAAAAUUACAUGAGCAUGUGCACUGUCACCAUCAUCAACCUUGCGACAGAAGAAAUCGAAUUUUACUGCGACGAAAACAAACAGGUUCGAUGGAUUUCGAUGUUACCACAAAACGAGAAUCACAUCAUGGUGGGAAGCUAUGACACCAUCGAAUUACUUGACACCAAGACUUUGUCAAAAGUCAUGCUACUCGACACGUUUAGUUCGGGGCAUUAUUUUACACAUUCUCGGGACGGCAGGAUUUUAGCUACACGGGAGUAUUGUGACCUUGUACUCUGGGACAUGCCACUAGAUGCAGCCGCAAACCGACCUUCUGACACAUGUGUUCAACAUGUCAAUCCGAUGGAUCCUUCUGCAAAUAACAAGCUUGGGCGCAUCCCCCGACUUGAGGAAGACGGAUACGAGAUUCAUGACUCAACUAGGAGCCGAAAGGCUCUUCCAAUCAAUGCAGUAGAGUCAAUAUACUUUGCGCAUGAUGGGAGGUAUAUUGCGUUGGGAUUUGGCAAGGGGGUAUACCAGCUCUGGAAUAAGAGCAUGACUACACGAAUAUUCCCUUUCAAGGAAUUGCAAAAGAUCAUCUUCUCACCCAAUGUUAAGUCCAUUGCCCUGGUUUCGACGAAAAUUGGGAUAGAGGUAGUCGAUAGCACGACCUUGGAGGUGAUAAUGAUGUGUGAAAAGACACUCGACCUAGAUGUUUGUGAUAUUGAGCUUUCACCUGAUGGUCGGACUAUCUGCAUCUCAUAUGUCGACUCCGAGGCUGGAAACUGUUCAAUCGAGUUGUGGAGUGUGAUAUCUGCGGAGUGCGUUUGGUGGAAAUGUUCUCCAAUGGCUAUCGAUUCGCUGAGUUUCAAAUUCUCACCAGAUAGCAAGUUCUUGGCUUUUUGUUGGGGUGCUUGCACAACCCACGAUCCUGGCUUAUGGAUCAUUAUGGACCUUUCGACAUCUAAGGAAAUAUUGGAAGACUACUAUGUCCAAUUAGUCUUUCAUCCUAAAGCUCAGCUCUUCGCGGUUAUGACCUUUACGGAGGAUGCCGACGGAUACAUCGAGAUUAGGCGAAUUUCUUCCAUGAGCUUGGUAUGGAGAGUUGAGUGUGAUGUUGAUGAAGGCGUCCUAUGGAUGGCUUUUACACCUAGCGGGAUCGUUGUCGUAUCAGAAGAUGGAUAUGAAGGCUCAGUGGCGAUAGUCCGGAUGUGGGACAUUGAAAAAGGAACUGAGAUUGGAAGUUAUACUAUUGAUGGAAAGAUCGGUCCUUUCUGGAUCUCAGACGAUGGACAUUUGAGAUGCUCAAAUGGUCGACUUCCUCUGCCCUCAUCCUUUCUUAAUCAAGGCGACAAAGACCCGGCGAAGACACGAGAAGAUGAACAGGAUCUUCUCUAUUUGGGACACCGAUGGAUAUAUCGUGGACUGGAGGAGAUCAUGUGGCUUCCUCCUGCUUUUCGAUCUACGGAUUCAGUUUUGAAUGGUGAUACGCUUGCCAUGGCUUACAAAGAGCGCGAUCUGAGACUUAUGAAGUUUGACCUGGCUAAAAUGCCAGUUCGAUGGGUUGGCUACACUGACAGCAAAAGCAUCUUGGACGACAGCCGCUCCGAAGGGUCUGGAGAUGACAGCACUCCUAACGGUGAUGACGAUGAUACCAAUGACGAUCCUAAGGGUAAAGGUAAAGAUGUCGAAAGUAUUCGAGACUUUGAUAAGCUGGAGGAGUCGUUGCGCAGGUUCACUUUGGAUAAGAGGGCUCGAUCCAAACUGGCUCCAGCAAAACACUACUUGCUCAACAUGUUGAACGACAUCAGUAUCCUUGCAGCGCUUGACAAGGGUAUCCAGGCCCUUCAGGAGCUGGAACCUCAGCUCGAGAAUAUGAAAGAGGCCAUCCUAGAGGUUGACAAAAAGACCGAGGAUAUCAUCGAAACACUGCACGCGGAGGUUUACAACAGCACGCGGGCGACUCUUACCGAGGUUAUAACCCAUGCUGGUGAUCGAAUCGACCACCUUGACAUCAUGUAUCCGGGUCUGCUAAGCGUGAUGAGCUAUUCUGAGGACAUCAAAGAUGCAAUCUUGACAGAUAUUUCUGACUCUGUUUCAAGGGGGUCCGACGUGAUUAAGCAACUUGGACUUCUUCAUCUUGGUGACGAGUACCAGAAUCUCACCUUUCACCCAGCUGCUAUGUUCCGUCGUAAGCGAGAUGAACUGGCAAAACAAAUCCAUAUCUCUACGGCAUUCUCAGACUUCGUUGAGUGGCCACUACUAUUUGAAGGCGACAACCUCACCAGCGUCGACGCCGUGCUCAAGAUUGCCACAGCUGUUGGUGGAGGUUGGAUUGAUAUUCAAACUUGGAUGGAUCAGGCUUUCAUGGCAGCAAGAGUGGCGGCCAACGUCAAUCUUCGCCGGGCUGUGCUCUCUGGCAUUAUCUGCACCGGACUCUUCACUGUGGCUUGUAUCAUCUGGAGGAUACCUACAGUCCAUCCCCGUCGCAUUUCCGCCAAGAUUUCUGCCAAGCUUGCCGAAAUCGACUACGUGCAUGCCAACGCAACUCGUAUUUCGGGCAGUGUGCGCAAGGUUCUUCGUAUCCCCUACAAUAAUAUGCGGGUAGAGCUUGAUCGUGCCUUGAAGGAUGUGGGAGAGCGUCGGGAUGAGAACUUGCGUGUCAAGACCGAGAGUAGUAUUGCCCUGAGCUACCUGCGUAACUUGGUUCAAGACAGUGCCAAACAAAGGACUGCGAUUGAGGGCCUCGAGUUGGAGGCACAUCCACAGACUUGA